UGUGUUAGUGGAAGACAGAAAACAACAGCUAUAGCAACAAUCCAAUAAGUUAUUUGGCGCUGAAUGAGAGUUACGUUCAUCAGUCUCCGGAAGGGUCUAGUCUGCUUGACAUCUCGAAUACUGUUACAUAAGUCGACGGUUUUCCUGGAUAAGUGUGUAUGGGUGACUGGUGUGCUGGUUUCAUCAAUUGGAGUGGAUAGAGAAUACGGUUAUGCUGAAUGUUGUUACGCAUACGCACAGUAAAUACCUAAGAUUUGAGAUUGAUGCAUGUGGAAGAAAUCAAGUUGAAGUGUGCCGAUCAAAAUGCAAACGGAUACAAUGAAAUUGGAACCGCUCGGCCCAAAGAAAGAUGGGACAAACAGGACUCAAGAUGACGAUUAUGAUCCUCAUCUACAUAGGGAAAUAGAAAACCCCACAACAAAUAUGGAAACUCUCAUUCAUUUACUAAAGGGAUGUCUAGGAACAGGUAUCUUGGCUUUGCCUGAGGCUUUCAAAUAUUCGGGAAUGGCGAAUGGAAUAGUAUCGACACUUCUUAUAGGUUUACUCUGUACAUAUUGCCUCCACGUAUUGGUUAGGGCUCAAUACGUGAUAUGUAAGAAAUUAAAAGUAGCGCUCCUAACGUAUCCCGAAUCUAUGAAAACAGCAUGCGAAAUAGGUCCAAUGUGCCUUAGGAGAUUCGCGCCAUACGCACCGGGUAUAACAAAUUUUUUUCUAAUAUUUUACCAGAUGGGAAUAUGUUGCGUAUACGUAGUGUUCGUAGGAGUCAACAUUAAAGCAGUGGGAGACGAGUAUACUUCAACGAAAAUCUCGCUCACAUUGUAUAUUCUGAUGUUCUUCAUACCCUUCGUCCUGAUCAUAUGCAUCAGGAACCUCAAGUUGCUGGCACCGUUUUCUAUAGUGGCCAAUAUUAUCACUUUGGUUACAUUUGGUGUUGUUGGAUACUACGUUUGUCAAAAUCUGCCGUCCUUUACUAGUCUGCCAUCGUUUGGAACAUUGUUCAACUAUCCUUUGUAUUUUGGAACUACGUUAUUUUCUCUACAGGCUGUCGGUGUGGUCAUUGCUUUAGAAAAUAAUAUGGAAACGCCAAAAAAAUUUCGGGGAGCAUUUGGUGUCCUCAACGUCGGUAUGGGUUUAGUCACAGCUAUAUAUGUAUUAAUGGCAAUGAUGGGAUAUUGGAGAUAUGGAGAUAAGAUCCAGCCGAGUAUCACUCUCAAUUUUCCCCCUGAAGAAGCGUUAGCACAAGCAAUCAGAAUACUAUACUCGAUAGCUAUAUUCAUUUCCUAUGGUCUACAAGGAUACGUACCUGUACAAAUUAUUUGGACAAACUACAUGAUUCCUAGACUGGAAAACAGUAAUAAAAAACUAAUGUGGGAAUACAUACUACGUGUCGCUUGUGUUAUUCUUACAUUUAUCUUGGCUGUGACAGUUCCCCUCCUAGGUCUAUUCAUCUCCUUGGUAGGAGCAUUUUGCCUUUCUGCCCUUGGCAUCGCCUUUCCUGCUAUCAUUGAACUUUGUGCCUAUUGGCCGGACAAUCUGGGUCCAGGACGGUGGAUUCUUUGGAAAGACAUCGGACUCAUUAUUAUAGGCAUCAUAGGUUUAUUAGCAGGUAGCUAUAGCUGCAUCUAUGAAAUCGUAAGAACUCUAGCCUCAGGAAAAACGUGAAACAUUAACAUAUCGCUACAAGACAACCAUAAUAGUAAUUGCUUCUCGUGCAGGGAGACAAAAUAUAGUUGUGUAGAUUAGAAUAAAAACGAAAAUCAAUGCCGAAGAUUGAAAGCACAUGCCAAAAAAGUAACUCUGAUGAAUUACAAUAGUAACAGGCUAUAGGUAUCAGACAAUUUUAUUUAUUUUGAUUUUAUCUUCAUCGUGAUAGUCAACAAGAGAAAAACCCAUGGAAUUUUUUCACUCUCCAGUUAUAUAUUUUAUUACCAUAAACGAUAAUUUUCAGUGUUCAGUUGCUUGCUCAGGAUUCAAUAUUACAUAUCCACGAUUGUGUUGAAAUCUGACAUAAGCUAUACUACUUGCUGGAGAAUGACUCAUAGUUCCAUCUGUAGGUAGCAACAGACUCAUUAUUUAUUAUAGUAUAGAUAGGAUUACGAGUUUCAGUACAAAAUUUAUCAUGAAUUGGCAAUUACUCACAAGCAUUGCUUCAAUUAAAAAAAGUAUUGUUCCAAAUUGUUAUAUUGUAAAAAUAAAUACUGAAUUGAUAA